AUGGCGGAUCCACUUCAACUGGCCUACUCUUCCAUCGGUAACGGAGGUGUUAACCCCGAUACAGCCGCUACCGCGCGUAGUUGUCUGCCUCUAGGAGACAUUGACUGUACGUGGGAUACGGUGGAUACUCCACUGACGUCGAAUCCGAAGACUGUGACGUGGAUUGUCACGCUUACAGAUGUUUUGUACUCGUUUUUCUUCAUGUGUUUCCUGCUCUUCUACUCGUAUCGAGCUACGAAGGCUAUCAAGGAGCAUCAGAACAAACAUCUAACACCUGCCAGAUACGCUGUGAUGGUGCGUGGAUUGCCCAAAGACGCGACGGAGAAGCAGAUUCUGGAUCAUUUCAAUAAUCUGUACGACCUACAUAAGGACGAAGAGUAUCGUAAGCUCUGGUUUGGCUGUUGUUGGGUUAGAAGGCACAAAGUGAAGCGCUCGAGAUCCGAGAAGGCGGUGAAUAGGAAUCUGGUGUCCAAUGUGGACCAUUUGGAAGAAUCUGCGACGAUUAAUAAGGACCUUUAUCUCAACACAUGGAUAGCAGAAGUCAGUGUGGCGCAUCCGACGGGAGGACUCUUGCGGACUUAUCUGUCCUCCAAGCAUCUCGGAGACAAGAAAGAGGAGGUCGAAGCGCUUAUCCAGACGCUAGAAGCCCAGAAAAGCCUCGCUCCCAUGGAUUUUAAUGCUGCAGAUGAGAAAUUAAUCCACUCGUCGAGAAAGAAACUGGAUAAAAUCCAAACUCGACUUGAAAAAACCCAGCGGAGAAUCGAUUCAGCUGCUGCGAAAGCUGCUAAAAUCGCAGCGACAAACACCCAGCAAGGGUUUAAUUGGGAGGCCUGUGAGUGCGCCUUUGUGGUGUUCAAUAAUCUGGAAUCCAGACGUCGUUGUCUUCUAGAUUAUCGUCAAUCCACACGCUGGUUGGCGCGUAAUUGGCAGCCUGAAGAACUGCAAUUCCGUGGAGAAUUUCCGCUUAUUGUGACGAGAGCUCCCGAGCCCUCGAACAUCUUGUGGGAAAAUCUAGAAGUCACCAACCGAGGACGCUUUUAUCGCCAAUUAGUGACGAAUUUGGUGACAAUUGCGCUUCUGGUGACGUCAUGUGCCAUCAUUUCGGCAGCCAAGACGACACAGGACCAAUUCGCGAGCAAAACGCCGCCUGAAGGUCUGUGUGAUCGCGCUCUCCCAGCCGUAUAUUACGCAGAUACUUCGUUCUCUUACAAUGCCCAAGAGAAACCCAUUAUCUGGUCUCUGGCUUGGGAUGCAAAUCAAACAUGCACACCUGGAACAUCCGGAGAUAAUCGGUAUCACAUCGCGUAUACGAAUGGGAUUCUAAAUGAGUUCGAUUCCUCCAGAUUUUCUUAUGGAACAAUCUAUCCGAAUCCGAAUCGAUGUGUGGAUCCGUGUAUCUCGGAAUCGAGUACCGAGGUGUGUAAUACUCUCCCGUGCUUUUACUAUCAGGACCUGGUAAUGGUGGAAGGCAGGGCUUGUCAAGCAUACGACGCGAGUCAUGUGCUGUACUGCUUCUGCUCGACCCAACUGGCUACAAGUCUCAAGAACCAUGGCUUCGUGAACGGUGCAAGGAAGCUUUGGGAUGUCCUCCCAUGUCGUGGAUUUACCAAAGAUUAUCUGGUCAAGAACGCAUUCACUCUUCUCGCUGCUGGCAUCGUGGUAACUGUGAAUUUCUUACUGAAUAAUAUCUUACGGAUGUUCGCAGUGUUCGAACGACACACUAGCGAAUCUACCAGGACAAUCCGUGUGGCAGUUCGGAUGUUUGGUGCGCAGUUCCUUAACACUGCACUCAUCGUUAUCAUCGUGAAUGCUUCCUUCGGAUUAAGCUCGGUUCCGGUAGCCAAGGAGCUUUUGGGAGGUAAAUACCGGGACUUUGAACGUGGCUGGUAUCCCACAGUAGGCAUGGGUAUCGCUACAACGAUGUUACUUAACGCCUUCUUGCCUCAAUUCACGCUGUUCAUGCAGAUGUACGUCGUCUCUCCUAUUCGUCACUGGUACAAGCGUCGCUCUAUCCGUACACAAGCCAAGAUGGACAAGCUGUACGCAGGUCCAACGUUCGAUAUCUCGUUAAGAUAUCCGAUGGUUCUUAACUCGGUGUUCGUAACAAUGGUAUUCUGCGGCGGCUCACCGGUGUUACUCUUCAUUGCCGCGGUAGCUGCUGCGGGGGUGUACUGGUUCGAUAAAUUAUCCAUUCUCUAUCUGUACAGUAUCAAGACGACGUACGAUGAGAUUCUCGGUGAAGUAACACUUGAGGUUCUUCCGUGGACACUAGCGUUACAUUUGGGAUUCUCCGCGUGGAUGUACGGCAACGCAGAGCUACUGAAAGGCACAAUGCUGGAUCUUCCGUGGCUCUUAAAAUCCGUUGGACUGUCGUCUGUAGUCAAAGAUCAUCCGGACGCGACGUCGGAUGAAUUGUACUAUAUUUUGACCGAGAACCUCGAGAAGUACGACGUGCUGGGCCCCAAUGGAUUCUUGGUGAAGAUUGUGUACUCACACGUGAUGCUGAUGACUGUACUGUGCUGUAUCGUCUCGAUCGGACUCUUGUUGUACACCAUUUUUGGUACGAUCGUGUUCGUCGUACUGGGACAGAUGUGGGCGGUCAUAAAACAUGCGUUAUUGUUCCCGAUAGAGCAGAUCCAGUCGCUAUUCUCAAAGGAGGAUGACGGUCCGAAGGAGACGGAUACUCUUGAAGAAGAGACGUUACCGGUAACAUUGUUACCUGAGUUUACCGAACCUUUUCUGAUGUCGGUAUCGAGGAAACACCGACCGGAUGAAGGGCUUGGAUUCCAGAGAAUUAAAGUGGAUAACACGUACGAACUUACGUGUGUGUGGCCGGAAGAUAUGGUGCAUGAGAACGGGGUGGAACGAAAGGGUGGAGAGCGUAAAUUGACGUGGGAAGUCAUGCAAGCUCCGGUCAAGUCGCGUGGCAGAUAA